GCCCUCCCCUGCAAUGCCCAGGGCGGCCGCGGCUGCCCACAGGUGCGGCCCGCUCCCGCGGCGGCGGGCGCUGCGUGCCCGGCGGGGUCUGUGGGCAGCGAUCCUGCGCGGAACGCGGCGGCCGCCCCUCGGCAGCGGCGUGGAGGGACGGCGCCUGCUCCUGAGUCAGCAGCGGCGAGGAGGAGGUGGCGGCGCCUCCCGCCCUGCCCAGCCCGGCCCGGCUCCGGCCCCACGCCCGCUCUCGGCUCCCGGCGCCCAGCACCCGCGGAAGGGAGCGAGGAGGGGCGGCGGGGCUGCGCCGGCUCCUGCCCUCCGCUAGUGCUUGAUGGCCACAGCAGGACACUAAACAGUAUUAGAAAAAAAACCCAGCAUUAAGACCUCUAAUUCCCGCACGACUGGCUGGAAAAGCGGUUGUCACUGCCUUCCUGGUACAGCAUGGCAUUUGGACCUGGUGUACUCUGCCUGUUCCUAUGGACAAUAACAGGUUCCAGUUGUGAGCAGUGCAGAGAAGGAGCCACAUACUCAGGUGCAGUAAUAUCUCCCAACUUAGAAACCACUAAAAUCAUGCGAGUUCCUCACGCUUUGUCAGUGUCCGACUGCAUUGCAGCGUGUUGUGAUCUCUCUGGUUGUGACUUGUCCUGGAUGUUUGAACGACGCUGUUACAUCGUGAACUGCCAACACAAAGACAAUUGUGAACCUAAAAAAAUUGAAACUGUCAAGUCCUACCUUACCUUUGUGCUGAGGCCUUCUCAGAGGCCAGCCUCACUGCUAGGGUUUGGGCAAGUGAUCCCAAGUAUGGUCCACUCUGUGGGACUCCAGAAUGAGCCAUCAGAGGAAGUGAGUAGCCUGAAGAAGCUGUCUCUGCUUGGCAAAGAUCCCAGCCUUGAGGAGAUACCUGAAUACAUUGAUGAUUAUAAAGAGUUGGAGCAGGACCCCUUUCAGGUGGGCAUCAAACACGAGCAGAAGGACAGUAUGGAUUAUGCUGACUGGGGCCUGAUAGUGGCAGGUGAAAAUGGCCUCAACGCUUCCACGGGUGAUGAUGGAGAUAACCAGGAAGAUUUUGCUGAAAAGAAAGGGGAAGCUGGGAAGGUGGAAAGCCUUCUGAAUAAAAACAGCUCUGAACUAACUUCCAUCAAUGAACACUCCACAGAGAGGUCGUCCCUUCUGGAGAUUACACCACUCCCUGGGAAGACAUUUGAAAGGGAAGCAGCUGUUCCACUCCUUGCACAACCUGAGGAUGCUUUGCAAAAAGAGGCUGCUGCUACACCUUUCUCUUCUUCAGAUAAACCAGAUUUCUCCCCAGGCGUAUCAGAGAAAACCCAGACUCCCACAGUAGCCCCAGAGAAUACCACUGAAGGUGGGAUCAUGCUGCUUCCCACUAGUGCUGCACCAUCUGAGCCCAUGCAGCUGUUCACACCACCUGCUACUGCUGCUAAAGCAGUUAAAGAACUUACUGUGUCUGCUGGAGAUAACAUACAAGUGGUGUUACCCAAAAAUGAAGUUGAACUGAAUGCCUUUGCUGUCCCACCACCAUCUACAGAAACAGCCUACACCUAUGAGUGGAGCCUAAUCAGUCACCCUGCUGACUACAGUGGGGAAAUGGAGCGCAGGCACAGCCAGACUUUGAAGCUCUCUCAUUUAUCAGUGGGACUUUAUGCCUUCAAAGUGACAGUUUCUGGUGAAAAUGCCUUUGGUGAAGGUUUUGUAAAUGUCACGGUCAAACCAGCAGUCAGAAUUAACCAGCCACCUGUCGCUGUUGUUUCACCCAAAGUGCAAGAAGUUUCCUUGCCUACAACUUCUACCUUCAUUGAUGGCAGUCAAAGCAUAGAUGAUGUGAAGAUAGUGAGUUACCACUGGGAGGAAAUUAAAGGUCCCCUGCGAGAGCAGAAGGCAUCUGCUGACACACCUGUCUUGCAUUUGUCUAACCUUGUUCCUGGAAACUACACCUUCAGACUCACAGUGAUUGAUUCAGAUGGAGCAGCCAACUCCACCAUUGCAUCUCUGACUGUCAACAAGCCAGUGGAUUACCCACCUAUUGCUAAUGCAGGACCGAAUCAGGCAGUCACUUUGCCCCAGAACUUCAUUACACUGAAUGGAAACCAGAGCAGUGAUGACCAUGAAAUUGUCAGCUAUGAGUGGUCGCUUAGUCCCAAAAGCAAAGGCAAGGUUGUAGCAAUGCAGGGAGUGCGGACGCCGUACCUGCAGCUGUCUGCAAUGCAGGAAGGAGAUUAUACAUUCCAGCUGACUGUGACAGACUCUGCGCGGCAGCGCUCCACAGCCGAGGUGACGCUGAUCGUGCAGCCUGAAAAUAACAGUCCUCCAGUAGCAGUGGCUGGCCCUGACAAGGAGUUGACCUUCCCAGUAGAAAGUACUACACUGGAUGGAAGCAAAAGCCAGGAUGACCAAGGCAUUGUCUUCUAUCACUGGGAAAAUAUCAGUGGGCCAAGCUCUGUGCAGAUGGAAAACACUGACAAGGCAAUAGCAACUGUGACUGGUCUCCAGGUUGGUACCUACCACUUCAGGCUGACUGUGAAAGACCAGCAGGGCUUGAGCAGUGCAUCUGUGCUUUCCAUUACUGUGAAGGAAGAAAACAACAGUCCACCCCGGGCACAUGCUGGUGGGAAGCACGUUCUAGUGCUUCCAAACAACUCUGUUACCUUGGAUGGCUCAGGGUCUGCAGAUGACCAGGGGAUUGUGUCAUAUUUGUGGAUUCGGGAUGGUCAAAGCCCAGCAGCUGGGGAUGUGAUCCAUGGCUCAGACCACGAGGCAGUACUGCAGCUAACUAACCUUGUGGAAGGAACCUAUAUUUUCCACUUGAAAGUGACAGAUGCUAAGGGAGACUCAGAUGUUGAUUCAGCAACUGUUGAAGUGCGGCCUGAUCCCAAAAGGAGUGGUCUGGUGGAGCUGAUCCUGCAGGUUGGAGUGGGACAGCUAAGUGAGCAGCAGAAGGACACUCUGGUGAGACAGUUGGCUGUACUGCUGAAUGUUUUGGAUUCAGAUAUCAAAGUUCAGAAGAUACAAGCCUACUCAGAUAUAAGCACCGCAGUUGUGUUCUACGUGCAGAAUGGGCAUCCUUCCAUGGUGAUCAAGGCAUCAGAUGUCUCACGGACUCUGCAUGUGCAGCUUUUGAAACAGAAGGCUGACUUCCUGCUUUUUAAAGUCCUGCGAGUUGACACGGCUGCCUGUCUUUUGAAAUGCUCUGGACAUGGGCACUGUGACCCCAUAACAAAGCGCUGCAUUUGCUACCAGCUGUGGAUGGAAAACUUGAUUCAUCGUUAUCUAAAUGAUGGAGAGAGUAAUUGUGAGUGGAGUAUACUCUAUGUGACUGUAUGUGUUUUUAUUUUGAUUGUGGUCAUGGUAGGGCUUGCCUGGUUCUGCAUCUGCUGCUGUAAAAGCAGGAAGAGGACAAAGAUAAGAAAGAAAACAAAAUAUACCAUCCUAGAUAACAUAGACGAACAGGAGAGAAUGGAGCUACGGCCCAAAUAUGGUAUAAAACACAGAAGUACAGAACACAACUCCAGUCUGAUGGUCUCUGAAUCAGAGUUUGACAGUGAUCAGGACACUAUCUUCAGCAGAGAAAAGAUUGAAAGAGAGAAUGCUAGAACACUUAUAAAUGGGUCCGUCAGAAAUGGAGUUUCCUUCAACUACAGCUCCAAAGACAGAUAACUGAAUGAGGGUAAAAGCACAGAACACACUGGUGCGACACAUCUGAAACAUGUUGGCCCACUUCUGUUUUUCCAGAACCAAAAUCUUCCUAAAAUGUCAACUAAUUGCAGAUUAAAGGGUAAAUUUUUAGCACAGGUAGGGGAAGGCAGAAGGAGGGAGAAAGGAUUAGAUGGUCAGCUAACUCCUCUUGUCACCAUUAUAGGAACAAGAAAAAGCACAUCUUAUUUCUUGCAUGUUCUGUGCUGAAUGUUUGAACUUCAGAAGGCCUUUUUUUCUAUAUCACUGCUACAAAACUAGCCAGGGCUGUUCUGCUACAAACUAUGGUAACUAAGAGUGGCAUACAGAUUUAUAUGUGCUCCUAAUGCUCUCUUUGAGAAGUGGUGUGAUUUACAACAGCAAAAGCCAAUAUAGAUGAAGUUCCUUACAAUUGUAGAGAGCAAUAUGUGGCCACAGGCUCCAUCUUAAUUUUUAGUUUAGGAUGGAAACAGAAAGGGCAUUUUUAGUGCAUUGUCUUUAUCCAUCUGUACUUUGGGACUUCCUUUUCUAGGGUAGUGUUCAUUGGGUGAAAACAUUCUUGUUUUCAGAGAAAGUUAAAAACUGGACCAGUUGCACUGGAUCAGCUAUAAUGUAACAUGUGUGUCCUGUAGGAUGCAACAUUCCCUGUAUUAACAUAAGAUGUGUGGUGUCUGCAGGGAAAUCCAGCCUUAGGUUGCUUCCAUAAUGAUCAAAUUGCUUUGGCUCUGCCAUGUCCAUCCAGGAAACUAUAUCAGGAAGGACUUGGUACGAUGCACCUUGAGAAGCAUUUUGAGCAUCCCAAACAACCUUUUUAGAUCACUUUGAUGAGCUCUGGACCUUUUAAGACUGAAUGCUCAGCUGAGGUGAGUUUUCAUCUGUCAGUAUCAAGUGCUCAGUUAAAGGAUGUGCUGGGCACUUGUGCAGUGAAAUGUUUGUGGCAAAUACCCUGUGUGGAGCAGGAGGUUCUUUGUACUUUCAUUGUCGUGGUAAUCUGUAUUGAGCAAUGUUUUAGCUUGAACAUAAGAUUGAUUGACUUUUUCCUCUCUGGCUAUUGAGUGACUGGGUGUAUUGGCCUAAAGAGAUCCUUUUCGGUCUUUGGCAAGGAUAGGUGUAUUGCAGUUCUGACAUUCUUGUUCACAGCCUAGGUAAUUUCUUCACAGUCUGCUUGUUAGGCUUUAAAAUCACGUCCCCAAAUACUGCUUUUGAAAUCUCUAACUGAAGACCGGACUUUUAUUCACAGGCCUCAUUUGUGGGAGCAUCUGUAUCAGUGGUACUGUUUAGCCAUGACAUCAGCUUUUCCUGGGGAUACUCUACUGAUGUACUGAAGUCUAGGGCUGAGAUGGUUUUGAAGAGGUUUUUGGUGGUUUUUUUAAUGUUUUGGGGGUUUGUUUUGUUGUUUUGAUUUUUUUUAAUCCAGUCUAGAGAACCUGUUAUCAGAGGAAGGAGCAGUAUAGAGAUCAAGGGGAGCAGUUUACAAGGGUCAGGGAGGGUACAUAGCCCAUUUCCAUCAUGAGGAAUAAGGGAGUUGAAGAUUUUGGGGCUUUCUCCAUCCUUUCUUUGAAGUCUGAUGCAAUAGAGUAGCUGGGUUGAACACUAUGGGUUCUGUGCUUCUCUUGUUAAUGGACUUGGGCAACAGUCAGAACUGUUUAGACUGGAAGAAAUCAGUGGUCAAAAGUUGCAACAACAUAGCAUGCUCAUAAUUUGUUUCAUAGUUUUGAUUAUCAAGUGCAGUCAGCAACAGUCCCUAAGGCUACAAAUUCAGCAAUGAGGAGUAUUUACCCUGUGUCCAGCCCUGCAUUUUUCUGGAGAUCUUUGUGUGGCUGCAGGAGUCAUUGUGGUGGGAGGCUGUGAAGAGCUAAAAAGGGCUAAUACAGGUGUUGUCUAUGUUUUUCCCAUAAGCAGUGCAGUAUGAAUGGUAUGGUUUACUUUAUUCAGAAAGCAAGUUUAAACUUCGUGUACAGGGAGUUUAGGCUAUUUCUUGAAACAAAUCUACUUUAUCACACUCUCCCUCUUCUUGAGAGUGUGAAUGUUUAUGUAUAUAUAUAUAUAUUUUUUUUUUUUUUUAAAUAUCUUGGUCAACAAAAGCAAGGUCAGCUUUCGAUGUCUUUCAGUUCCUGCUCCAGAUGUGUUAACAUAAUAAAAGCAGUGUUCACUUUAAAACAUUCCUGAAAAAACUUAAAGCCCACUCAAAACAGUAAUUUAUUUCUUUACUUUGAAAUCCAAAUGUUGGGCUUAAUCCAUUAUGAACAGCUAGGCAGAAUGUUCUAGCAGGAAUUAUUCUCUUGAAAACAUGCAUUUUUAAACAAGGAAAUAAGUUGCCUAAAUAAUUUCAAGUUCGUACGUGCUGUGCUGCCAUUGAUGCUUCUGCUAAAUACUGUCUCCAGUGUGCCUUUAUCUAUAAGCUUACCUUCUAGGACAUGUCAGUGCAGUCUGCAGCAUCUGUCAGUUUUGUGAAAUUAGUGACUUAUGUCUUUUGGGUUUAUUUUAUGUUUUUAAAGCCAGUGCUGAAACCUAGGAUGUUCUUUGAAGGUAUUUAAAUAUCUUUUUUUAAGAAAACAAACAAACAUACAAACCCCACCAAAAUGAAGAAUUGUUUCUCUAGUAAAACAACUCCAGGAAUCAUAAACCUGCAUUCCUUAAUGCUGCAGAAUUUCCAGGACUAUUCCCCUGCCCACAGACACACACUGGUGGGCACAGAUCCUUGGAUCUCUGGUAAGUUCAUGGGCCAUGAGAACAUAUGCCUGAUUUGGCUAAGUGUUUCUCACUCUAACAAAUAAGAAAUAUUAGACCAAUUUCUCAUUGUAUAGGCCCUAACAAGUGGAAGUUGCUUGGUAAAUUUAGUUCUCUGAUGAUACUUUAACUUCUUUGUUGUUAACAGUAUUUUAGCUGUGUUUUCAAAGUUGAAUAUAGUUUAAAUUUUUCAGCUGCUUCUGAUUGUAGUUUGAUUAUUCCACCUGCUUGGAAGAAGUUAUUCCUCUUACCAUAAGAGCAGGCUUGCUUUUAAUAUGUAGCACUUGCACAGAAGCUGAAAGUGAUAAUUUCUGGCUCUGUGAAUUUGUGGUAUCACGUUUGUGUCACUUGGGCAAGCAUGUUUGUGUCAGGAAUUUAGGAGGGACUAUAGCAAGCCUUGUAUCUUGAUUCAGUAUAAUUGAUACUUCUAGUACUACUGCUUUCUUGCAGAAUGUCAGUUCAUACCUUGAAUGAGGGGUCAGAAAACUUGCUGUAAUGGUGCAAACACAAUGGCAAAAUUUGGAUUCUAACCCUUUGGUUCAAGUUAUUAUAGAUUCCCAGGACAUCCCAGUAUUUCUCCACCCCUCCGUUCCUGCAGGGGCCGGCCUGGUUCCAUCCCCUUCACCCCCAUCUCUGUCCAGGGUUCCCAGCCUACCUCAGCCUAGGCUGCAUGGCUUCCCCUCGCCACCCAACCUGUGGCUGCGCAGGGGAGGUCCAAACUCUGCACUGACAGGAACAAAAGAGAAAGUCUUCUAGGAGUUCUCUGCUUUUAACCCCCGGUGUUCUCUGAGGCAUAUCCAUGUCUUCAGUGGUUACAUCAUGUGUCAGUAUUCAAAUCUGACCACUGAUUGGUUUGGCAAUAACUUCCCAAAAACUCACUUCCCUGUCAAGCUAAGACAGUAUUAAACAGGUUCAGCAUCCAAUUGUAGUAUUCAUUGCAGUACAUACACAGCAUGAAACUGCCAUGGCUGCGAACAGGUAUUUGUCUUGUGGAUUUUAUUUUCCUAACUAGAAUCAUACUGCAGUAUGGAAGAAAGUUUACCAUGGCAAAUCUGUUGAGAUCCCCAUCCAAAUUCUCUGUCCUGUGGUUCAACCUGUCGUAUUAAGUAGAAAAAGCAAAGCAAAAUGCAGUAUGUCUAAUUACAGACAAUUGUUUAUUUACAUAGGCGAAAAAAGGUUAUUCCUGUUUUGUGUGUAAGGGUAGAUUAUCAAUUCUAUCCUUUUAGUAAACAGUCUUACUCUCCCUCUGUCAGAUGCAUCAGAUAAAAGUACUGUUGAAGCAUCUGGUUUUUGCUGUCAGCUGUUUGCUUAUAUGAUGUCAGUUUUCCUUUACUUUGUCUCCUUUGGGCAAUCAGAAGUUCAUAGACAUGCAAGGAACUUAACAGUGAGACAGUGAGUGCAGGCAUGUGUUCUCUGUGCUGGCACAGACUUCCCUCAGAUACUCUAAUGUUCUUGAAAUAAUUGCGUUCCUAGGGAAAUGUUCUAUUCCUGCUUUUAUUCCUGUUCUGUUCCUGCUCACCUCAAGUGAAACUAAUUUUGCCCCCAGUCAGGUGGAGCUUCAGGGUGGUAGUAAGAAAAGAACAGUAAAUGUACUCUUCUGACAUUUAGGUGAGAUUUGAGAGAGGAAAAUAUUCCUCCAGGAGAAGGGAAACAGGAUACAGGUGAAUUAGUUUCUUAAUGUCAGUUAUUGCUUAUCAGGGAUCCCUAACUUGAAUACUAAUCCUAUACUUCUGCAGUAAAGAAAAACCCAUUUCAUAUACCUUUUAUAUCCUUAACUCCCCAAGGCAAAGGAGGGAAAUAUAAAAUUUAGAAAUAAAAUUUUAAGAAGGAGGCAACAAAGGCAAAUGAUUUUUGUACAGGCUAUGAAUCAGGUGCAGAUGAGCUGCACAUCUGUAUUUUGUCUCUGUAUGAAAGCACUUCUCCCUGUGGGUGGAUGGGUGAGCUAUUACAGAAUUUAUAUUAGGAAUUGUUUCUAGAAAAUGUUAUUUAUUGCAAAUGCUAUUGUAUUGUAACUGGAGCCAUUUCUGAGCUGAAAUUACUACAUUUAUGUAACUAUUAAUAAAGUUUUGUCUUUCCUUUUA